AUGAAGAGUGUGUCACAACAACAUAAUUACCUAAUAGACGAGGAUGAAUCGAUUGGUGUUGAUGGUACAGGGACGCACGGGCCAAACUCAGUUAUAAGUAUGCUACACCACUGCCUCGAAAACCAGGGAUUUGGAGAGAAAGCUUGCAUCAUGCACGCCGACAACUGUGGCUCGCAGAAUAAAAAUCGCUUUAUGUUAGCGUAUCUGGCAUGGCGAAUUCAUAUGGGGCUCCAUGAUGAGAUAACACUCCUGAUGGGAAUUCCUGGUCACACAAAGUGUCUUGUGGACGGAGGAUUUGGACAUAUCAAGAAGCUGUAUAGGGGCACGGACUGCGACAGUAUUUCGCAGGUGGCAUCUGUCGUGAGAAAGUCUGCUUCAAGCAAUUUCCCCGUGCUCUUCCGCAAGGAGGAUGGAUGUCAGAAUUGGACUUGGUAUGACUGGAAGACAUUUUUGCCGCGCUUCUUUUUACCAUUAAGGGGUAAACAGCGGUAUCACUAUUUCCGUGUUACGAAGGAUGCUGUAUACGUGAAAGAGCGCUCAACUGACGUAGAGCAGCAGGUCACAAUCCUAAAGAGAAAUGCUACAGUACCAGAAGAUAUUCUCCCUGCAGUUUUGCUACCGGGUGGACUUUCCCGCGCAAGGCAGCAAUACCUGUACAAAAAUGUACGACCUUUUGUACGUCAGGCGUAUCGUGAUGUGACGUGCCCACCGUUACGGGAAGAAUGA